UGAUAAGCAUAGGUCAAAGUUUAUUUAUACUGAAUCGAAAUAUUGAAAAAUGUCUCUCCUAGCAUACCUUUCAAGUUUUGUUCUGAUUGCACUUGCAAUAAAAGUUUAUUUGAAAGUCACAACACGCUGGUGUCAAAAUAAGGUUUGCCUAGUCGGAAAAACCGUUGUUGUUACAGGGGCAAACUCAGGAUUAGGAUAUGAAGUUUCUUUGGAAUUCGCUAAACGAGGUGCACGAGUAAUUUUGGCAUGCAGAAACGAAGAUAAAGCUAAGCAAGCAAGAGAUCAAAUUAUUAGUGAAACUCAAAAUCCAAAUGUAGUUGUGAAAUUGGUUAACAUGGCCUCACUGGCCUCCAUUAGAAACUUCGCUUCAGAUAUACUGAAAUCGGAAAAGAGGUUAGACAUCUUGAUCAACAACGCAGGUACCGGUAUCUUGAGGAAUGAGUUUACUGAGGACGGAUUGCAAGUUCUAAUGCAAGUGAACUAUUUUGGAUCAGUUCUGUUGACAAUGCUUUUAAUGGAUUUAUUGGAAAAAUCUUCACCAAGCAGGAUAAUAAAUAUAUCAUCAAUUUUGGCAAAACAAGCAAAUUUAACCAAAGGAAAUUUGAACACUUAUACUGGAAUGUCUGUAUGUUACCCUAAUAGCAAAUUAGGACUCAUAUUAUUUACCAUGAAGCUGGCUAAAUUAUUAAAAACAUCGAGCGUUAGCGUUUAUUCUCUACAUCCAGGAGUAAUAGAUACGAAUAUAUUCAAUAACGUGCCAAUAGUAGGAAGCAUAAUAACCCAGUAUUUUGCAAAAUAUUUCUUUAAGACAGUUGAGGAAGGAAUACAGACAAUUCUUCAUACAGCUCUAACUCCAGGAUUAGAAAUAUAUUCUGGAAAACAUUUCGAGGAAUGUGAUGUCGUAGAAACAUAUAAAACUGCUAGAGAUUUGGAAUUGAUGGAAACGAUUUGGAAGGAAACCAUGAGACUGAUAAAAUGUGAAGAAAUUUCCGAAAAACUACAACUCGACGCGAAAAGAUAAUUAUUUGUACAAUCAUAAUAAUGUUUCAUUAGCAUCGAUGUAUAUUAUGUUGGAUAUUUUUUCUUCUUAGUAUUGAUCUUCAUAAAACUAUAACAAAGAGAUCAAGUAAUAACCCAGAAUAUUGCAAAAUAUUUAUUUAAGGUACAAGUAUAUAAUUCGGUUCCAAAAAACACAGUUUUGAAUAAAUGAAAAAAAUUGAA